AUGAUUGAAGAAGAUUGUGCAACGAUCAAGACGACUAAGGGACACAAACACGUAGUGGAGUCCUUUGGCCUCUCGCCUACUAGGUGGUGGAAUAAGAAGCAACUCAACGCAAGAAACACCUGGACCAUCCCGGAUCACCUCGCGUGCUUGUGGGACGAUCUUGAGCUAGCGGCUUCGGAGUGUAGUACACAUCCGCUGUUCCGAGUGAGAGUAGAGUCACUUCUCCUCGCGCUGCUCGCAGACAGUAUUAAGAAAGAGUCACUUGAUCCCCAUGGGGCCCUGACAUUGCCCCACUGGAGCUUUCAGAAGCGGAUACUCACGCGAGAUAUGAAAGACGACAAAACUCCAGCUCCAGAGGAUAUCAUUGACUACGUUUUGUGGUAUGGUCACUGCUGGGAGCUGGAAUCAAAUAUGAUCGUUAUGAAGUCUGACAGUCCGGUACCUCGGAGCUGGACUCUGCUUCAAAAUAUGUCGGGUAUUCACCAUGCUCGUAAGCUCGCGGGAAGGGACGCAGUUAUCUACGGUGUUAUAACUGACGGGUCAAAAUGGGUAUUCAUACACCUGACCAAUCAAAGUCGGUAUACGAUUAAGGUAUUCUCCUGGGACAACAAGCGAGAUCAGAUCAUUGGCCAGGUCCAGAAUAUAAUCGACCAGGCAGUUGCUCGUCAUAGAAAGAUACUGUCACGCCCGUCUCUGCCGACGCCUACUGUUCAUCAAAUUAGUCACUGUCAGAUCAGAGAGCUGCCUGCUCCAUCCGCUGGCUCAGAUGACGAGAGUGACCGCGUAUCUGAGCGGAAUGCCUACCAUACGGCUACAGUUGAGGAGAGAGCCUAUAAUGAUGAGGAGGGACCCCUUUGGUGGUAA